AUGUGCCUGGUGAAGCUGGAGCCCAGCGUCAUUAGCUUCAACUCUGUGAUCAGCGCGUGUAAUAAAUGCAAGCAGUGGCAACUGGCGCUAACGCUGCUCCGCGAUAUGCGGGACGAGAAGCUGGAUCCCAACGUCGUCAGCUACAACGCUGGGAUCAGCGCGUGCGAAAAAGGCAAGAAGUGGCAGCAGGCUAUGGUGCUGCUGCUCGAGAUGUGGCAGGCGAAGCUGGAGCCCAACGACGUCAGCUACAACGCUGGGAUCAGUGCGUGCGAGAAAGGCAAGCAGUGGCAGCAAGCUCUGGCGCUGUUCAGGGAGAUGUGGCAGGCGAAGCUGGAGCCGAGCAUCAUCAGCUUCAAUGCUGGGAUCAGCGCGUGCGAGAAGGGAGUGCAAUGGAGCCUAGCUCUGGCGCUGCUGAGCGAGAUGGCGGAGGCGAAGCUUGAGCCUGACGGCAUCAGCUACAACGCUGGGAUCAGCGCUUGUGAGAAGGGAGCGCAGUGGCAGCAGGCUUUGGCGCUGCUGCUCGAGAUGUGGGAGGCAAAGGUGGUGCCCGACUCAGCUACAACGCUGGAAUAA